CACUUCGUUUAUACAAACUAGUAAUAUUAAACAAUUAAUUUCUUAUAAUCCAAUGAGUUUUGAAAUUAUUGAAAGUGCUGAAGUCACUGAAAAUAUUCAAGCUACUGAAAAUGCUAAAGUAACUGAAAGUAUUAAAGCUACUGAAAACGCAGAAGACAUGCAAGAUUCAGAGGAAUU